GCAGCGGCAGUAUCGAAAAAAAUGCAGAGGGGGCAGAGUCUGUCCCCCGGCUCUUUAGGGUUAAAACCGCCCAAUCACGCAUGUAUUCCCUUAUUUGAGUUUGGACCGUCAAACAAGCAUAACAAUCUUCGACUCCACUUUGUGCCCAAACCCAGCGACGACACGUACUAAUACUAAGCAAGUCAUUCCUUGACGUCACCGUCUAUUGAAUCCAAACAUUGAAGUUAGAGGUCACCCCCUUUUUUGUUACUUGGGAGUGGAGAAGUUUUACAUCGGUUGCCAACCAUUCUGAUGCAAAUUGAUUUUGAGAAAAGAACAUUUUGACUGGAUCCAGUGGCUCGUUUGUUGCUGUUGCAGCAUCAAGUCUGGACAAAAGCAGGUCUGCCUGGUACCGAGCUGCACUUGGCAGUAAACAGUGCUGUGGGCGUCCUCGUCCCCUAACACGGUUGGAUGCAUACCAACAGGUGUUUGUUGCUUUGGAUUCGGCAGGAGUUGUACUUUGAAUUUCCUUCACUGCGAUUGAUAUAUCGACAGCAUGCCAUGUCACACUGAGACGGUUUAAUUGCAGAAGUAACCCCUUCUCUCUCUGAGUACAGUUUACAUAGCUAUACUUCCAGUCGUCUUUUAGUACUGUUUACGAGGUACAUGGGUGUUUCACAUUGAAAACAUGUAGGCCUAUGUAAAAAAUCAUUGACAUCCUGGCUUUUCGGCAUCGCGCACCCGACUCGCUGACGUAAGUGGAAAACCAAAUCCCACCCUGCACGUUUUCAUCUGUAACUAUUUCAUUGAAAUCAGUUUGUGACAAACCGAACUCUGGAGAGGGAAACUUCUAUCCUCGGGUGACAGAGAUUCCUUGUCGAGGUUUCAUUGCAUAAUAAGGAUACAUCGCUGAACUCGUCGAGUGUGUGCGAUCUGAGAUGACGAUGCUGUCCGGGACUUUUCUGACGGGGUUAUCGGUGCUGUUAGCGGCCGUGGGCGGCGCGAAGGCUUCGUCUCGCGACAGACACGGACAUGACUGGAGCUUCGAAUGUUCGGAUGGUGAUAUUUGCUACAACGGCGGGACAUGCUCGUUUAAGGUCUACAACAUCACGGUAUGCGAAUGUCCGGAGCCAUACUUCGGGUGGCAGUGCGAAUAUUACGAUGCCUGUCACGACGACCCUUGCCAGAAUGGUGGGAUAUGCGACUAUGACUAUUUCACCAAUGGCUACUACUGCGCAUGCCAGGAAGGUUGGACAGGGCAAAACUGCCAAAUAGCUUCGCAUACAACCAGUUGUGCGGAUAUUCGUUGUGAGCAUGGCGGAACGUGCUUUCAUUACAACACCAGCUUCUUCUGCUUUUGUCGGAGGCGGUAUUUCGGAUAUUUCUGUGAAGUUCUCGAUGACCACCUCUGUGAUGCUGAGACUGCACCGUGUGCUAACGGGGGGACGUGUCGUGACGACUCACAUGGAAUAAAGUAUUGCGACUGCACUGAAGGGUGGGCUGGAGACAACUGUACACUGCCUGCUCCCGUGGCAUCCCUUUGCAAUGGCUACUGCGAAAAUGCGGGAUCGUGCAACAUCAGCGACGGGUACGAGCCAACCUGCCUGUGCGCCCCAGGAUGGACCGGCGAACACUGUUCAGAGCCGCUCCCUCCGCCUCCAGCUUUGACAGAUACUCCUACUACCGGGCAACCGUGUGAUGUCCGCCCGAGUCCCUGUGGCGACAACGGCCGUUGUGUCCCUGACGAAGUCUUCGGAGGAUUUACCUGUCAUUGCUACCCUGGUUGGCAGGGAGAACUAUGCCGCGAACCUUCCCAAGCCACGUGGCCAGAUACGGUGCCAACCUCCACACGGCCGACAACUAUCUGUGACAUCGGUGAGAACUUGUGCGGUGACAAUGGGCGGUGCGUCCCUGACUACAGCCGUUACAGUGGAUACAGAUGCGUGUGCACCACAGGAUGGCAAGGGGUCUACUGCACAGAUUCGGUAUUAGAUUCCAGAGAGGACGCUCCACAAUCGUCCAGCCCGAUUGGUGGAAUAGUUGGUGCAUCGGUCGGCAGUCUGGUUCUAUUCUUUGUGAUAUUUGGCGCCGUCUUCGUCUUCAACCUUGCGAGAACCAGCAAAAAUCGGCGGGCCAGGCCUGCUUUGUCAGCACCGGCUCCUCUUCCCUCAGUCAUCUAUGACCCAGGAGUCCACGAUGAUUUCUGCGGCCGGGCUUCACUGAUACAGCCCAAGCCAAGCAAAGACGUAUACAGCGACUCCGACCGGUACCAGCAAGCGCUGAUGGCUCGCCGCUAUAAUCCUGCACCGGUCCGUGACCACCCUCACCAGGGGAUGCCGAGCUCGUCCAGCGUGGUCCGGAACCCGGCUGCGGGUGCGCACAGCUACGACUACGCCUACGAACCGGGCCCAUCUCGGUCAAGAAUAGAGUCACCGCUGCGUGCCCCUAUCCCGAUGUCGGAGAUCGAACGGGGCCACGAGUACGCCUACGUGAUGGACGACAACUUGUACGAAGCGUCUCCGAGGAGUCAUUUGGGGUAUGCGAAAAACUCGAAAUCGGUCCCACCGACCGUGACGACUGCCCCUCCGGCCUACUCACGGUCACCGUCUCGUGCUCCGUCUAAGGCGCCAUCUGAGCACACUUAUCAGUCCAUAUCCGAGUACAACGACCCGCCGAGCAGCCCAGCUUCUAAGGGCGGUCCCGCGCCGUCAGUGAAGUCAGUUGGCUCGCAUCAUUCGUCCAAGAAAUAGGCUCAGUGUGCUUCUUUCCGAAUCCCACUUUGCCGAAAUAAUCCCGGCCACUCUAGUAUGAUUGCUGAAAACUGUAUUCAAGAUGUGAAUCUAGGAAUUGUAUACAAACGACUGUCAUACGGUAAAUUAAAGUCCUAGGCCUAUGCCAUUUCCACAAAAAAUCCACUAGAUGAGUUAGCAUACUCAUAUACUCAAACGAAUUUAGAUGGCAAACCGUAGAUACAGGUAAAACAGAAGGUUUUGAACCGUAAAUAUUCUCAGUGAAAAUGUAAGUUUGUUUCUAGUUCUGCAGCUGUUUGUCCCAAAUGACACUUCUUUUCAGAACUGGUUUUGAAGUACUUCAUGAGAGCGGUUGGUGAGAUGACAAAACUGAACCUUAAGCUUGUUGAUAGUUGACUUUAUUCUUUUAACCUUCAAUUACGAAAAAUAGAUCGUACAUUCUAGUGUAUUUAGACUGGGCACAACGUUUGAAUAUAGUCAAUCCUUGUACGACCUCUCUUUGUAUUAUGUACAGUAUAUUAAGUGUCUGGUAGUUUUAUGAACUGGUAACUUUUGAAAUUCUGUAAUUAAUUAACAAAUAAAAUAACUCAUUUGUGUAUAUGUACAUUUGACGUCAAUGCAGCUGGUCUGCCAUUUACAUUACAUAACAAUUGUUGCCUUUUUACGGGGUGGGAAUUUUCAUUUCUUUUGCAAAGAAUAAUUAUUUAAUUAGGUAUUUUGUGCCUUUAUUUCUCGGUGGAGUACAUUCCUUUCCAAAGUAUGGAGUGAAAUUAAAAUAAAUUUCAUUCACAAGACGUAGAACAAUUCUGUUGAUUACUUGGGGUAAAAAUGAAACUUGGGCUGAUCCGAAAUCGGCGGGUGAAUGUCUUGCUCAGAGUAGACGAGAACUUUGACCAGUGGGAAAACUAAAAUUCAUUUUAAGAAAUUAACAACUUUUUGUCUAAAAUAACAUACUUAAACGAGACGUAGUAUUUGAGAUAGAAGUAUGGCAGCAUUACAUGAGAGUAAUGAGCUCACACCGUAACUAUAACCGUUCACACGCACACAGGCUCCGGAACCUUUUGGGGGACGGAGGGUUGGGGUAUUUUACGGGGGCAAAACAGGUUUUGAAAUGCUUUCUUCAACCUGUUGACCUCAGUGAGGGGCUGAGACUAGAUGCUGGUGCUUUUUAAACACUUUUGGAAGGAAAUGAAACAGUCCCCUGGGCAAAUCGUCAUUCGUUAUUUUCAUUUUUUCGAAUGCAAAAUAGAUUGCCAAGGGGACGGGCAUGCAUGUCCGCCACCUGGCUCACUUAAUACAGACAGCCCAACCAACUCGCAAACAAACCGGAAUUUCAGGAACAAAUUCACUCGGUCUCGUGUUGAAAUUACGCCCAGUAAUUGAAUCCUCGUAACGGUUUGCCUUAACUCUAAAAAGAGGCGUGUUAUUUUGGCCCAUCUCACAGUCUGGGCGGAUUCCGCUCCCAAGAACUCGGCUGUGCCAUUCUCAAUUUUCUUUUAAACUAGGCAUGCUUGUAAAGUAGCUCCUCAUCAUUACAGUUGUGAAGUUUGAUAUCAAUCAAAGUUAUGGUUUUGUUGUUAUAGUCAUUUUAAAGUUCAUAACUUCACAACUUUAAACUUGGCUGGCUUAAAAGAAAAAUAAUAGCAUUCAAAUACCUCGAAGUCUGCUUAUUUAAAUGUCAAAUAGGUUAAAAAUGUGUUUCAAGUAACAAGCUUGAGCAUUCAAAAUCUCUAAGGUUAGAUUUUAUUUUUUUCUGACAAAAUGCAUAUUGAAAUGUCUUCCUUUGAUUGUUAUAACCAGGAUGUUUAUUUUAUUACUCAGCGGUACAUUUUGUGACUUUGGUUAUAGCCAAUAUGAUGUUAAAGACUGUUAAUGUGGCAGACUGAUUUUUGUGUUUUCCCUGCCUUCGUCAUUAGAACUUGUAUAGGUAGUGAUAUUAACGAUAAAAUUACGCCGCAAAAUUCAA